AUGUCUCUCAAAGACAAGCUCUCCUCCACAUUGCCCCCCUCCAGCAUGUCUCUCAAGCACAAAAUCUCCUGCUUAUUGCCCUCCUCCAAGACGCCCAUCACCAAGGAAAAAGUCUCCUCGCCCCUCGCAGCCGAUCCCUCGCUCCUCCACGACCACCUCCUCCCGCCGCAGCUCCUCCCGGCCCUCGAGUACACCUCCGCCCGCCUCGCCCGCCAAUCCCUCCACCUGACCCUCAUCGUCACCCGCCGCGACUAUCAGCACUCGCCCCUCGGCUCCCCGGCCCUCGGCUCCCCGGCCACCACGCCGUCUAAGAGCCGCUUCGCCCGGCACUUGCACCUCCCGCGACGGGGUAGCCGGGUACAACUGGGACCGUCCUCGCCUGCGACGCCCGCCUCGUCCAUGCCGACGUCUCCCCGAUCCGUAUACCCUUGCUCCCCGCCCUACACGCCCUUGUCGCUCGACUUUUCGCGCGCCGCGCCGCAGCAGCUGCCGCUCUCGCCGCGGUCGCCGAUGUGGCCGCUGACGCCGAUGACGCCGCUGUCCCCGCCGCUUCCGAAGACGCCGCUGUCUCCGCCGUGGCCGAUGACGCCCUCGACCGACGGGGGGCCGUCCCCCUCUUAUCUCGGAAUCUCCCCCACACCCCAACACGGCGUGCGGCUCAUCUACCGCGGGGACCUAGAACCGGAAGCCGAGCGUGCACUACAAGCGGCCCUCGCCAAAGCCGGCCGCAAGUACGGCGGUGCGGCGCGCCUCGCACCGGCCCUCAGCACGGUCGCCUGCGGCUCCAGCAGCAAAGCCCUCUUCAACAACUCCGUCGGUCAGGGCGACGUGCUCUUCUCAUCCUCCGGGCUGACCGUGGUCGCGCCCGACCGCCUGUACAGCCUCAAGGCGGCGCUGUCGAGCUACGCCCGGACGGGCGCGCGGCCGCGCCUCGAGGAGGCUGUCGACGAGCUGCGCCGCUACGUGCUUGCCGACGGUAAGGUGCAAAAGCCGCUGCUGCGGUCCUACGACUGGCUGGGCGUGUCGGACGAGGCGCUCGCGGACCUCGACGGCAUGUACCGGUGCGUGUACGGUGGCAGCGGCAUGCAGGGCGACAUCGACGACAUGCCGUACUUCCCACCGGUUCCCGAGGCGGCGCUGGUGUCGGCGUUUUCCGACGACGAGGAUGACGAUGACAGCGACGGCGACGACGAGGACAAAAGAGAGGAAUCGGGAUGCGAACGAGACAAAGAUGGCGAAACUGAAUAUCAUGAUCAGGACAGCGGCGUGUACGUCCAAGAGCGCCCGGAUAGCCCGACAUUGCACGGCCCCGCAGAGGACAUCCCGGACAUCACCACCACCACAGCCACUCCAGUGUCUGCGUGCUCUGCAUCGCCCAAGAUGCCCCUGCUGCGCUUGCAGACGUCCUUUGCCAAGACCCGCGCCCGCCGAUCUUCCUCAGCGGACGACGACGACACGGGACGACGGCAACCCGAAGGAGAAGAGGAUGGCGCCGCGGUGACGGCGCUGCCCGAAGACGACGAGGCCGGCCAGGAGGCGACCUCGGCCACGAACCACCACCAGCCCCGGCGUUGCACACGAUCCACCUCAAUCGACCAGCUCAUGCUCAGCCCGACGGCGGCAGCGGAUCAUCUUUUACCGCCGCCCUCGCGGGACCAGGACAUCCCCGUGACGCCCAAUGGCUACGACGACAUCUCGCCCAUCACGCGAGGCGAGUGGGGGCUGUUCCUCGUCAAUCAAGGGUUUAGGAGUGCCAGGACCGUGGCCGUGACGACGUGCUGA